CGCGCCGCCUCUUCUCACGGUCCUGGGAAUCGCUGUUCGUGCACAUCCCUACGGACAGGGCGAGCGCUCGCCCACACACGCCCCGUGUGUACCUGCGGCGGGGCCGGCACCGAAGAUUUAUGACACGUAUAUCCAUAUCCCAAAGCCUGUCCUAAUACACGUACAGAUAAAUGCGUGUUUGUUUUGCACGUGUGUCUCAUAUAUGCGGGUUCUGCCUAUGCAAUGCAUGGAAUUUAUAUGUCUGUACAGACCAAUAGGUACAUGUGUCACGGUGUUACACCUGUGUACAUCGGCGCCUGUGCUUUCCGUUGAAGUACACGUACACCUGUGUGUGUGUGAGAGGUUCCCCCCGCCCGUGGGGCCGGGCUGCUCCGCUCCGCUCCUGGGGCGGGGCCCGUUCCCUAUUCCUGGUUCCCGGUUCCCCGUUCCUGGUUCCCGGUUCCUGGCUCCCAUCCAGCCGCCGUCGCGGGAUCACCUGGCCCUGGGGGACGACGAACCCAUGGCCAGGAAGGAGCCGCUGCUCAGCGCCCUUAAAGAGCCUUUCCUCUCGCUGCUGCUGGUGCUGACAGAGAUAGAUUUCUCCCUGGACCUGCAGAAUUGCAGCUUCUUGGACGAGAGCUGGCUGCUGCCGGUGUGCAGUAUUUACGAGACAGUCCCGUGCAGAGCACUGGGGAUGGUGCUCAGGUACGUGGACGGCCGAGUCUUUGUCACCAAGGUGCUCCCUGAGAGCCAGGCAGAGGUGGACGAGGUGGUGCUGGCCGGUGACAUCCUCGAUGAGAUCAACGGCUGCUCGCUGAGAUACGCCUCCCCCGGGCAGGUGGGUGGGGACAGAGGGCUUCUGUCCCCCUCUUCUGCCCCCUGCUCCCCUCUGCUCCUUCCUCCCUCUAGGCUGGAGCUGUGCUGCAGAGGCUGAAGGGACAACCGCUCACCUUGCGCCUGCUCCGCUGGCGGUGGCACCACGGGACGGUCUUUGAGCCGCUGCUGCCCUACCUGAAGGCCCUGAAGGAGAAGGAGCCCCAGUUCCAGCUGCAGCACAGCCCCCGGCACAGGGGCGAGGGGGAGCCCCGGCAGCUGCAGGGGGGCAGGUGGGUCUGUGCCAUGGGCAGCCCCUGGGCUGGGCUGAGGGUCCUGGCACUGGGGUGGCACGGUGCCCACACUGUCCCUGAUCUCUGCUCCAGGCUGUGGGGCCAAGGCUGCCCCCAUGGCCUGGAGGUGAGGAGGGGAGGGGGCUGGGAGCAUCUUCCCCUGCAAAGAGCAGCAGGAGGGAAGUGUGGGGUCCUUCCUCUGAUGCCCCCCGAGCCCUUUUCUCCCCAGGCUGCUCUACAACCUGCGGUUCCUGGGCCAGACCAGCGUUGGGACGGUGAGGCUGUGGGGCAGAGACCUGCCAGGGAGUGAAUCAUCUCUUCUGGGGUUCUUUCCAUGUGUCCAAGGGUUAUUCCCUCCUUCCCAUUCCAUUUCAGUAUGGUGGCAAAGAGGUGCUGGAGGGGGCCAUCCCUGCCGUGCUGGAGAGGAACUUGGCAGCGCGGGUGAGCAGCAGGGCUGGGGACAUCCUGGGAAGGGCUCUGUCAGAGGAUG